AUGGAUGCGUUUCUGGGUGGGCUAGGCCUCGGCAGCCUGGGAGGCGACGCGCCGAGGACUGGUAAUGGCUGCAACUCGAUCGACGACCUGCAGCGCCAACUGCACAGCGCCUUCACGUCCAAGCGAGGCGACACUCGUGCCGAGCACAUCUCUGCAACCUUCGAACUGCGCCAGAAUGCGGUCCUGUACAUCCAGGAGGAGCGCGAGAGCGCCGGCCCCGACGGCUUAGAGCCCUUGCAGGAACUCGCGACGCGGACCGUCAAUGCCUCCGAGGCACUGCUCGACCAGCCGCAAGACAACCCAGCUCUGCAGAAGGCGGUGGCAAAACACAUAGCGGGCGCUGUGGGAGUGGUUGAUGAGAGCACCUGGAACGUACGGCAGGUCUCCAGGGCGACACAGGGUUGGACAUUCACAUAUCUGUGCCGGCACUCAUUACAGGCUUGGAAUCGCCAGAAUACCAAAACCCCAGCUCGCCUGCCCAUCGGAAUUUCCAGUGGCAAUGAUGGCCUGGAUCCCGUGAAUCUCUCACGUCCGGCGUUUGAUUGCCGCGGUACGCUCACCAUUGCCUUCUCCAAGAACAGCAGAGCAAUCGUGGUCAAGUAUGAGCACACGCCGUUGCACAAGACCGUUUCGGAUCUCAUGGACCGUCUGGCCCCAACCCUUCCACCGCCUCCUGCGCCCAAUCCCAACAAUGGCAAUGCCAACCGAUCUACCAAGGCAAAGCGACCGCCGGUAGCAGAAGGCGAGGAGAGUGCUCGCAAGAAACGGAAGAGGAAGAAGGGCAAGGAAGGCGAAGAUGGGACUGCGGACGACCCAGCGCAGCUUGCAGCCCCGGAUCUCGUAGCUAGUGGCGUCCAUGCGACUUCGAUUCUCAACAUACCGCCUGUUGAAGCAGCGAGACGAAGAGAGGUCGCUAUCAACCUCCUGAGUGGCAGGAACAUUGACCCUGUCACGCUGUCUGUCGACCAGUUCAGCAUUUUUGCCAACCAAGCGCCGCAUCUCCAGGAGCUAUCGCUCGAUAUGCUGGCCAAAUAUGGAGCUGAACGCCUAAGGAUUGUUCACCCCGAUGAGAAGGACCAGCCAUCAGCCUCCUCAACCCCUCAGCAGCAAAACACCCCCGCCGAAGCUGGAGAGGCGGCAACAGCGGUAUCCACACCGACCACAGACACCCCCUCGAAGAAGAGGAGGCCGCGAAAAAGCAACCUGGAAACCCCUGCCUCGCAGUCUGGUGUGGAAGAUGUCGUUCAAGCGGCGCCUGCGUCACUAGAGCUUGAGACAGGCACUGCCACGCAAGCUGCGGCAGCCUCAAGACAGAGGAAAACUCGAGGAGCGUGUAACACAUGCCGACAGAAUAAGCGCAAAUGUACCAAGGAGCAUCCGCAAUGCUCAGUUUGCGCCGAAGCUGGCGAUGCCUGCGUGUAUCUCCCCCCGAAGCCUCGCAGGAAAUCCGAGAAGUCGGCCGAAAUUGUUGAAGCGGAGCCAUCAGACAUCCAGGAGGAGGAAGAGACGGUGCCAAGUGAUCAAGCUCAAUCUGCUCCUCAGGGUACACCCCAAGCCACACAAGUAACGACGAUGGAUGUUGACAAUGAUGAAUUCAUACCUGACCCAAACAUCUUGUCGGGUCCCAUGGAUCACUCGAUUCAUCAGCAGCCAGCACCAACUUAUUACCAACCUGAGGCUUCUACUGUAACAUUUCCACAACCAUCGCCUUCUCACACGACUACUCCGCAGCAAACUCCUGGCUUAACCUAUUCUAAGGGCAUCCAGCAACCUCAGCCGUCUCCUGAUAUCACAUAUACCAACACACCUGCUGUUGCGAGCCCGCCCAAAAGACAGGCGACACCCAGGAAUCAAACCAGACGUAGCCUCCCCAGUGCGCAAAGUUCACAGGCCCAGGGACCUAGUGUAUCCAGUGCAGCUCAGUCCCAGAUAGCACAGACCUGGAGUAAUAUGCCCAAUUCACCAGCGAUCCCCCCGGCCAAUGGCACAAACACACCAGCCUACUCUCAGCAGCAGGCGGCCAAGCGACCAAGAUCUCGAAAAUCGAGAAGUGAAUCUAUUGCGCCUGUGUUUGAUGGCGUUCAGGCUGCUGCUGUCUUGUCGCAAACACAUAUUCCGGUGCCACAGCCUAUUCAAUCACCGGCUGUGAAUAGGUCACCCCAUCAGAACCCGGCCUCCACGGCAAAUGCGCGUGCCAAGUCGAGGCAGGGACAGAGACCACAAACACAUGCCCCUGUAACCCAGACGCCUGUUCCUCCACCCCAAAUUCCGACGUCUCGUAACAUUUCCACGAAUCCGCCAAACAAUGCGUCUUCGGCCCCGCCGUACGAUCCGUUUGGCCGUUAUAACACGGCUGGUAAUGAUCAGUAUUCGCAAAGUGGAAGUGGUCAGUCAUCUCGGAUUGCUUAUGAUCCCCAUUCAUACCAGCAACCGGCGGCAAGUUCGUCUGAUGCAUACACAGCGCCGUCGUACGACUACUCACGCAGUAGCUCGACAAACCCCCUGAGUCAAGCGCUCCAUGAUACGUCGAGCUUCAGCAAUGUCGGUACUAGCAAUACGGCUCAGUGGACAUCUUCGCAGGCUCGACAAACCCAAUCACAUACUGCGUCCAAUAGGUCUACCACUCCUUAUAAUGCGCCGACAAACAACCAGACUUCGCCAUCUCAUUCGUAUGGCACCCGCUCUGCCCAGCGCCAGACUGCAACACCAACUCCAAGUUACAACCAGUCUCAUCAAUCGCACCAACAGCACCAGCCGUCUCAUUCAUACAACUCAUUCCCAGGGCAGCAGGGCACAAAUCCGCAACAGAACCAAGCCUGGUACGGCUUCUCGGCCGAUACUAGUUCCAACAACGCGAGCUACAGCAGCAAUACCCGGAACACUGGCUACGGCAAUGCGCAGCCAUCUUCGAACAAUGCCGACUACAACCAGACCCAGCGGCCCAAUGCCCCCGGCUAUCAUGGGUAUGGUGUGGGAGAUGACCUCUACGAGAUCCUCCGGUCAGGCAGCUCCCAUUAG